AAUAAGCAGCUGACCUAACCUGGAGGAGCCUGAUCUCUUAUCCUGCUCUGUUGAUCUCAGACACCCAAGUUAGAGACCUCCUUGAGAGGAGUACAGGGGCAGACAGGACCCUUCACCCAAACAGGACGGGACACCGUUUGAUCUGACCCAGGACCCUCAAAAUUGACCCUCCCAGAGUGACAGAAGAUGAUUCAUCUAACAUAUCGUGACCGGGCCAAGAACAGACAACUGCAGGCCGUGGAAAUGAACGGAGACCUUCAGGAAGUGCAUCUGGACCUGGGCCGGAAGAUCAGCGUGCCAAAAGAUGUGAUGAUGGAGGAACUGGAGCUGAAGGCUAACAGGGCUUCGCUCAUGUAUCACGAGAGACAGAAGAGAGCGAACAGGUUCACCCUGGAGAACGCGGGCAGCUCGUCGAAACCUGGGGGCCAUACAGGACAGGCAGGAGAGACAGCCCAGGGCCAAUCACACACAGACGGGAUGCAGGACGGGAAGCACAACUUCCAAGCGGAUAACUUCCAAUCAGAUAACUUCCAAAUGAAGAACUUCUCCGGACCGGGUGGGAAGACUGGCAUGCUGGCAUCCCUGCAACAAAGCAUGGCCAAGAAAGGGAGCCCCGAUGUCCUGGCUCCAGGCUACUCAGGGCCUCUGAAGGAGGUCCCCCAUGAGAGGUUCAACGUCACCGUGAUCCCAAAGUCCUACCACUGCCCGUGGCAGAAGAGCUGGAGUGACCGCGAGAACAUUGUGACGACCGUGAACAUCCAACUCCCUGAAGCUCCCCGCAAAGUCACCUACAAGUGCUUCAACAGAGCCCCGACACCUUUUGGAGGGAACAUGAGAACGCCCGGGUUCCAGCUCAUGGAGGUCCACGAAGAGUCGAACCCGGCCUGGAAUCGCAUGUGCCACCGCCCUGACUUCAACCGCGCCCCCCAAGGGUGGGGCGAAUCCCCUGAGUUGUGAUAGGGAAGCGGUCCCCAAAAAGACUGAACGAAGAACGCACCCCCUGCUUUCCUUUUUCCGUUCACGAUGCAAAUCGCCAGCUGUGUUCCAAAGCGCAUACUUGCAUACUACCCAGAAUUCUUAGAACCAUGGACGCUUCAGGCUGACAUAUCAGGUAAUGUUUAAAAAAUUUGUACGUGAGUGCAAAUGUACAAUGUCCCCAGAUUAUUUCUUGUGAAUUUUGGAGGAUGGAAACCCACAGCAUGCAUUGCAGUGUAAAGUCCCCAGAAGUCCCUGCUAAAAGGUUAUACAAAUUCAGGAAAAGGAGAGCAGUAACAAAUAAUUGAUUGUACAGAAGUUAUUACGCAAGUAUUUUCCUGACACCUAAAUACUAAGCAAAAAAAAAGAGAAAAAAAGUUGAGUUUUUAAUCAACAAGAAUAUUGAAGGUUGAUUUUGAAAUACAUUAGAGAGUUUAAUAAACAUGUCUGAGUUUAAUAUACAUACCUGACCUACA